AGGAACAUGGUGAACUCCAGCCAGGUUUCACACUUCACCCUCUCCGCCUACGUGGACACUGGGCUCUUCAGAUACUUCUUGUUCACAGCGAUUAUGUCUUUCUACGCAUUGAUAGUGGGUGCCAACGUGCUGCUGAUUGUGGUGAUCUGCAUCAACAGGAGGCUGCAUGAGCCCAUGUACCUGUUCCUGUGCAGCCUGUUUGCCAACGAGCUGCAGGGCAGCGCGGGGUUCUUCCCCUUCUUUCUCACGCAGAUCCUCUCAGACGUUCACACGGUUUCUACUUUGUGCUGCUUCCUGCAGAUCUUCCUUCUGUUUUCCUACAUUAACGUGCAGCUCUGCAGCCUGAGCGUCAUGUCGUACGACCGCUACCUGGCCGUGUGUCACCCUCUGCACUACGGCGCGCGCAUGACCGCGGGGACGGCGGCCGCGCUGAUUGCACUGACGUGGAUCUACGCCUUCACCGAGGUCGCUGUCAUGAUGUCUCUGAGUGCGCGUUUGCAGCUGUGUGGGAGCGUCAUCAACAAAGUCUACUGUGACCACUACUCUGUGGUCAAACUGUCGUGCUCUGACUCGUCAGCCAGCAACAUCCGUGGACUCGUGUACAUCGUCUGUGUGGUCGCUGGUGUGGUUUCCCUCAUAUGUUUCAGCUAUUUCAGGAUUCUCCGGGUGUGUUUUUGUGGUUCCGCUGAGACCCGGCACAAAGCUGUCACCACCUGCACCCCUCACCUGGCCUCGCUGCUCAACUUCUCCUGUGGUUGUGUGUUUGAGCUGAUCCAGAGCAGGUUUAAUAUGAGCAACGUUCCCGACUCCUUCCGGGUGUUUCUGUCGCUGUACUUCCUGACAUGUCAGCCGCUUUUCAACCCGCUGCUCUAUGGGCUGAAAAUGUCGAAGAUCCGCAGCUCGUGUAAGAGUCUGAUCUCCGGAAAAAUGUAAAAGCGAUGUCAUUAAAGCAAAGGCUUUAUGCACACAAACAGCAAAGACACUGAUGUGAAUGUAAAAGUAGAAAUGUAACUGGAUUGUACGAUAUCUGUAAAAUGAUUGAAUGCCAAUCAUACAUGAUUAUUUUUAAAUGUAUUUUAAUAUUUGAUAAAGUAUUUCUGAGUCCCUGUCAUCACAGAGUCAGAUUCAUCUUUAAGAUAGAAGGUUCCAGAUUAAAAUAAA